AGGGAAACGACUCUCGGCCUUGAGGCUCCUGUUCAGCUUCGGGAGAAAGAAGCUGAGCAGCACUAUUCAGACCUGAUUCUGGACCAGCAGUAAAACAUGUUGAAGAAAAGAAAGGAUGAAGACAGUGACACAAGUGCUUCAGUAAGUCAAGAUGCUGGGGAUAUGACGAUGACUUACGGCCACUGUCUCUUGAUUUGUCUUCACUCUGACUCCCAAAAUAGAGACCAGGUUCUUGAGAUCAUACCAAGGAAUGAAGAACAAAUUAAGAAUCUGGUGGAAAUGGAGGCUGAAGAACAUCUUCAGCUUGAUUUCUGGAAAUCACCCACCACUCCAGGUGAGGAAGUUCAUGUCCGAGUUCCCUUCGUCAGUGUCCAGGCAUUCAAAGUUUUCUUGGAGUCCCAGGAAAUUGCUUAUUCCAUUAUGAUUGAAGAUGUUCAGGUUCUGUUGGACAAAGAGAAUGAAGAAAUGCUAUUUAAUCAGAGAAGAGAACGAAAUGAUUACUUCAACUUUGGGGCCUACCACACCUUGGAAGAGAUUUCCCAACAAAUGGAUCACCUCGUGGCUGAGUACCCUGGACUAGUGAGCAAAGUGUACAUUGGCUCUUCUUCUGAAAACCGGCCCAUGAACGUGAUCAAGUUCAGCACCGGAGGAGACAAGCCAGCCAUCUGGCUAGACGCUGGGAUCCAUGCUCGCGAGUGGGUUACACAAGCUACUGCAUUGUGGACAGCAAAUAAGAUUGCCUCUGAUUAUGGAAACGAUCCAUCCAUCACUUCCAUUUUGGACACGAUGGAUAUCUUCCUGCUGCCUGUCACAAACCCCGAUGGAUUUGUGUUCUCUCAAACCACAAAUCGUAUGUGGCGGAAGACCCGGUCCAAGGAAUCUGGAAGCUUAUGCAUUGGAGUUGAUCCUAACCGGAACUGGGAUGCAGGUUUUGGAGGACCUGGAGCCAGUAACAACCCUUGCUCUGAUUCAUAUCACGGACCUAGGGCCAACUCUGAAAUUGAAGUGAAAUCCAUCGUGGACUUCAUCCAGAGUCAUGGAAAAGUCAAGGCCUUCAUUACCCUCCACAGCUAUUCCCAGCUGCUGAUGUUCCCCUAUGGGUAUAAAUGUACCAGGUUAGAUAACUUUGAUGAACUGGAUGAAGUAGCCCAAAAAGCAGCCAAAUCUGUGACAAGCCUGCAUGGCACCAAGUACACAGUGGGACCUAUCUGUUCAGUCAUAUACCAAGCCAGUGGAGGAAGCAUUGAUUGGGCCUAUGACUCGGGCAUCAAAUACUCAUUUGCCUUUGAACUGAGAGACACUGGUCGCUAUGGCUUCCUCCUGCCAGCUGAUCAGAUCUUGCCUACAGCUGAAGAGACCUGGCUUGGCUUAAAGACAAUCAUGGAGCAUGUGCGAGACCACCCAUAUUAGGGCUCAGGGGAAUAAACAAACACCAUUAAAAUCCCUUUGGUUUGAAGCAGAGUUGGGUUGUGAUUAUUCCUUUUUCUAAUCCUGAUCUGGAGCACCAUUUCUCCCUGUCAUGUUGCCCUAAAACACAGCGAGUCACUGUGCUGUACCCCUUCAUCUUAAUCAUGCAACAUUUUAGAGUUAGAAAGGGAUUUUUGAGUUCAUUUAUUCAAUAAAUACUAAUUAAGCAACUCCACUGUGGAGGCGUUGUGCCAGGUGUUGGAUCUUCUAGUUCUCAUUGUCUUCUGGUAUGUUGUAUCAUAAACACUGGUGGGAACCCAAACCAACAACACUUCUUUCUCCUGCUUGCCCCAUCAAGUCUGGGUCUCAGCUUCUUCACAAUUUCUCCUUAGACAUUCACUUCCAGAAGGCAUUUAGAUUUUCUUUAUGUUGAUGGUUUUCUCUGGGAGAGAAAGGUGGGAAAUGAAUCUGCCUGGAAUUCUGGGUAUUUGAUUCUCAACCUCCCAUCCCUUGCAGAUUUGGAUCUCAGUUUCUCAUUACUAACUUCAAAGCUGAAAUCUCUCUCAGUGAAGUAGAGUCCAGCCUCUGCAGACACCAGG